UCAGGUAAGAGGGCCCAGGUUGGGAAGCGGCACACCCAGGGGGGACACCGAGGGAGCAGGACCGAGCCAUGGCCCCUGCCAGGAAAGCAGGCGCCCAGGCAGUGAUCUGGACUCCAGGCUGGCAGCUGCUGCUGCUGCUGCUGCCGCUCCUUCUUGGAGGAACGCAGGCCCUGGAAUGCUACAGCUGCGUGCAGAGAGCAGAUGACGGAUGCUCUCCGCAAAAGACCAAGAUCGUGAAGUGCGCGCCGGGCGUGGACGUCUGCACAGAGUCCGUGGGGGCGGUGGAGACCAUCCACGGGCAGUUCUCGGUGGCAGUGCGGGGCUGCGGCUCGGGUCUCCCGGGCAAGAAUGACCGCGGCCUGGACCUUCACGGAAUUCUGGCCUUCAUCCAGCUGCAGCAAUGCUCCCAGGACCGCUGCAACGCCAAACUCAACCUCACGUCGCGAGCGCUCAACCCCGCAGGCAAUGAGAGUGCGUACCAGCCCAACGGUGCCGAGUGCUACAGCUGCGUGGGGCUGAGCCGCGAGGCGUGCCACGGCACGGCGCCGCCCGUCGUGAGCUGCUACAACGCCAGCGACCACGUCUACAAGGGCUGCUUCGACGGUAACGUCACCCUGACUGCAGCGAAUGUGACUGUAUCCUUGCCCGUGCGGGGCUGUGUCCAGGAUGAGUUCUGCACCCGGGAUGUGGUGACAGGCCCAGGGUUCACACUCAGUGGCUCCUGCUGCCAGGGGUCCCGCUGUAACUCGGACCUCCACAACAAGACCUUUUUCUCCCCGCGAAUCCCACCCCUUGUCCUGCUGCCCGCCCCUAAGCCCACCACUCUGGCCCCAACCACCUCUGUCACCACUUCCACCCCAGCCCCAACCACGCGUGUCUCUACCACCAAAGCCACCUCAGCUCCAACCAGCCAGACUUCUCCCCAGGAAGUACAUCCUGAGACCUCCGGGAAAGAGGAAUCUAGCUUUGCUGGAGGUGCCACUGGCCACCAGGACCGUAGAAAUAUGGCAGGGAUCCCUACCAAAGAUGUGGCCCAUGGUAAAGCCUCUGCAACUCCCUUCACUGGGUUGACAGCCUUUCUGUUGGCUGUGGCUGCUCGCACCUUAUUAUGAGUUUUUCCAUCUAGAAACCUCCGUCUUGCCCUGUUCCCUGGCCCUGGGUACCUCUCUCUUCCCAUUACUUUCCUUUCCCUGACUGGACUGGGCUGGCCCAGCCUCUGUUCUUCCCAUCGCCCCCACUAUCCCCAGCUUCUGCUGCACUGGUUUGCGGCUUUGGGAAAUAAAGUUACCAUUGUUUGUAUAUAUCCUGCCAGGGUGUUAAUAGCUUUCUGAAGGCAGCAAAUGUAUCUCCCUCAUCUUUGUCUCUCCCUCCCCUCCUCAUGGUGCCUAGGACAGAGAAAAGCCAGGGCUGUCCCAGGGAAGAUGGGGGAAACAAUGAUAAACUUCCUCUUCGCUUUUUUAUAGCCAGCCUCGAAUAUGGGGGCAGAACCAACCUGAAAUGUAGGGGUUGGAGCAACCUGGAAUAUAGGGGGGUGGAGCUAACCUGGAAUAUAGAGGGUGGAGCCAACCUGGUAUAUAGGGGGCAGAGCCAACCUGGAAUAUCAGGGGCCAAGGCAGAUAGUGGUGCCCUCCUAUGCUGGCUGCUGCCCCUGCCCUCCCCCCACCCCCACCCCCACCCCCCACCCCCGCCAUCUCUGUGGCAAUUGUUUUGGCAUCUGAGUUCCUUACUAGACUGUGAGCUCCUCAAGGGCAGGGACCGUGCCUUAUACCCCUGUGUGGUCAGCUUCUGGCACAUAAAGGUCUCAAUAAAAGUUUAAUUCCUUUGUA